AUCCUCUGUACGAUGCUUGGCACUAUCCCUCCCUGUCUCUCUCUCUCUCUCUCUCUAAACCCCCAUUUCAGCAUUACUUCCUUCCUCUCUGUCUCGCUCCUCUCUCUCUCUCUCUCUAAACACCAUCUCUCUCUCUCUAAACCACCAUACCUCUUUCUCUCUCUCUCUUUCUGCUUUUUCAUGCCAGACAACAUUUCCUCAUCUCUCUCUCUAAACCACCAGAUUAUCUGUUUCUCUCGCUUCAUUUCACUGCAUUUUUUGCUUUUUUGGGAUAGCAAGAAUCAAUCAGUCUUCUGAAUGGUAAUGUCAAGAAGCUAAUUUGGAAGCUAAGAAGAGUCUUCUUUUUUUUUUGGGGGGAAAAUGGGGUGUGCGCAGUCGAGAAUAGAGAAUGAAGAGUCGGUUUCCCGGUGCAAGGAACGGAAAAUCUUGAUGAAGGAGGCCGUCGUCGCGAGAAACGCCUUCGCCGCCGGCCAUUCCGGCUACGCCGUCGCGUUAAAGAACACCGGCGCCGCUCUCAGCGACUACGCCCACGGAGAGUCCGAGGAGGCUCCGGAGCUUCACCAGUCGCUCGAACCGGUUUCCCAGCCGCCGCGGCCUCCUCCUCCGCCGCCGAUUGAGAACCUCCCUCCGCCGCCGCCGCUACCGAACUUCUCUCCGAGUCCUAGCCCCCAGCUUAAGCGCGCCGUCACGAUGCCUGAGAUCCCGAUGCAGCUUCGGAAAAACCCUAAUUCCAUCGCUAUUGUUGAAGAAGACGAGGAAGAGGAGGAAGAGGAAGAGCACAACGGAUUAAGGCGGUCGAGGAAGGAGACGGCACCGGAGGCUUCUCCAGCGACGGCGGCGACGUCGUCGCUGCGUACGCCGGAGAUGAAGUCGGUGCCGCCAAUGCCGGAGUCGAAAGGAAUGGCGUGGGACUACUUCUUCAUGGUGGACAAUAUCCCCGAGUCGUCGCUGGAGACGGAGGAAGAAGAGGAGGCUAGGGUUGAGAACAGCGAACAUCAGGGUGUGCAAUUCGGAGAAGACGAGAAGAUCGGCGUGGUCGAGGUGGAGCCGAAGACGCCGGAGAAGGUGGCGCCGGUGGCGGAGGAUACGGAGGGGAAGAAUAAGAAAGCGGAGGAGACGGUGGCGGCGGAGGCGGUGACGAUCGAGCAUUCGCACACGGCUCCGGCGGAUUUCCGAAGGGUCGGGAAGGCGAUGGCGGCGAGCGUGAGCUUGGUGCAGGUGCUUAACCAGAUUGAUGACCAUUUCUUGAAGGCCUCGGAAGGAGCUCAGGAGGUUUCCAAGAUGCUUGAGGCCACUCGCUUGCAUUACCACUCCAAUUUCGCAGAUAAUAGAGGACAUAUUGAUCAUUCUGCGAGGGUGAUGCGCGUGAUUACAUGGAAUAGAUCGUUCAAAGGCAUACCCAACGGAGAUGGUGGGAAGGAUGAAUUUGAUUCAGAGGAAUAUGAAACUCAUGCCACUGUUUUGGACAAGAUGUUAGCAUGGGAAAAGAAACUCUACGAUGAAGUGAAGCAAGGUGAGCUUAUGAAGCUAGAGUAUCAGAGGAAAGUUGCAUUGCUGAACAAGCAAAAGAAGCGGAAUGUGAGUGCUGAGACCUUGGAGAAAACAAAAGCAGCUGUGAGUCAUUUGCAUACAAGAUAUAUAGUUGACAUGCAGUCCAUGGAUUCUACGGUAUCAGAAGUAAAUCAGUUACGUGAUGAGCAGUUAUACCCAAAACUUGUUAGUCUCGCUGAUGGGAUGGCUACAAUGUGGGAAAGCAUGUGCAUACACCAUGAUAGUCAGCUGAAGAUUGUUACAGACCUUAAGGGCCUUGACCUUGCCCACGCUCCUAAGGAAACAACGAAGCAGCACCAUGACCGUACAGUCCAACUUUAUAAUAUUAUCCAAGAAUGGCAUUCUCAGUUUGAAAAGCUUGUUACUCAUCAAAAACAAUAUAUCCAGGCUCUUAACAGUUGGCUGAAGUUAAACCUUGUUCCCAUCGAGAGUAGCUUAAAAGAGAUAAUUUCAUCCCCACCGAGAGCUCAGCAUCCCCCAAUUCAAGCCCUUCUCCACUCGUGGCAUGACCUACUCGAAAAGCUUCCUGAUGAACUUGCCAAAUCUGCGGCUUCUUCCUUCGCCGCUGUGAUAAAGACCAUCAUACUUCAUCAGGAGGAAGAGAUGAAGCUAAAGGAGAAGUGCGAGGAAACCAGAAAGGAGUAUCUGCGUAGAAACCAGGCAUUCGAAGACUGGUAUCAGAAGCACAUGCAGCGGAGGGGGCCCGACGAAAUGGACCCAGAAAGAGGUGAAGAUGCAAAUACAAAGGAUCCCGUCUCAGAAAAGCAAUUUGUUGUUGACAGCUUGAAGAAGAGAUUGGAAGAGGAAAUUGAAGCUCAUCAGAAACACUGUCUCCAGGUUAGAGAAAAAUCACUAGGGAGUCUCAAAACACGACUGCCUGAGAUUUUCCGUGCCAUGUCAGACUACUCUCAAGCCUGCUCGGAUGGCUACGAAAAGCUGAGGUCCAUUACACGGUCACAUAAAUCAAAUGGUGGCCUUAAUGCUUAGUCGGCGCCGUUGUUGGCCGAUUCGGACCUUAUUUAAGUAUAGUUUUUUGCCUAUAGAAAGAUGUUUUUGGCGUUGUAUUGUUACUAAUCUUUGUUCUUGUGCAGUUGUGUGGAAAAUUUUGUUGUCAAAAGGCUUUGUAGCCUUCCACACGAGCCCAAAGCACAGGCAAGUACUGUGAUUCUCAGAAAGUUAAAUGUAAACUUUUGUUGUCACUCUGUUUUAAACGCUUUUGUUCUAGCUAAUGUUAAAUUUGUCAUUAAAGAA